AUGUCGAUGGGGCUGGAGAUCGGAGGGGUGUCCCUGGCCACACUGGGCUGGGUGGGCUGCAUCCUGUCCUGUGCCUUGCCCAUGUGGAGAGUGACGGCCUUCAUCGGGGCCAACAUCGUCACGGCUCAGGUCACCUGGGUCGGGCUGUGGAUGGAGUGCGUCUUCCAGAGCACUGGGCAGAUGCAGUGCAAAGUGUACGACUCCAUGCUCUCCUUGGCAGCCUACAUGCAGGCCUCUCGGGCUCUGAUGGUCAUCGCUAUUGUCCUCGGGCUGCUCGGCAUCCUGGUCUUCCUCAUGGGGGCACAGUGUACCCGCUGCAUUGAGGACGACCGCACCAAAUCCAAGGUCACCAUCGUGGCUGGCAUCGUCUUUCUGCUGACUGGCCUCAUGACCCUCAUCCCCGUCUCCUGGUCGGCCAAUUCCAUCAUACGUGACUUCUACAACAACUACGUGCCGGAGUCCCGGAAGUGGGAAUUGGGGGCUUCCCUCUACAUCGGUUGGGCCGCCUCCAUCCUCCUCCUUUUCGGAGGGGCCCUGCUCUGCUGCUCCUGCCCCCCCAAGGAGGAGCGGUACUGUCCCACCAACGUGGUCUACUCCGCGCCCAAGUCCAUGAUGGCCAGCUAUGACAAGAAGAACUACGUAUGAAGCGGUGGAUUGCCGCAUGUGUGUGUAUGUGCGUAUGAGUGAAGUCUGAUUGCCUGUUGCCGUUCACACACCCGGACACUUCUGAUCUCCGCCUCCUCAGGGGAACAGGCACUCAGACGUAUCCUCAGGGAUAAAUGUACAGAUACAAGAUGCGUUUGCUUGCGUUUCCGGGAUAACUGCUUGUGUAUCGUGCCAGACUGGGACUCUCUCUGCCACCAAGAGCUUCUGGAAAUCUUUCCUUCCCUCCCUUGUGGAUAUUUUGACCCCAAACACACCCCAACCUGCCCUCCUCGGACUUCCAUCCUGGCGGAUCGGACUUCGAUUUCCACCGCUUGAACUUUGUCUCGGGUCGAGGACGGUUCGCAGAGAGUCGGGGCCUGACUGUCGAGAUAAGCCUGGCAGAUUUCCAGCAGGUGGCGUCUGGGCUGUCACGCCUUUCGUGCUAAGUCCUGAAGACUUCUCCAGUCUGGAAGAAACGCGAGGUGCUGCGAGGCCUCUCUUUUGCCCCACUCCUGUCAACCUUUUUGAGGGGGCUGCCUGGGGGAUGGAUUGAUUAAAGGGUGUGGGGAGGGGGAGGCCUCUGGCUAGUGCGUGCACGAGGCCGUGACCGUGGAGAGAGACGUCAUCCGCACUUGGCUUGCUUGAACGGAGAUGACUGGGUGGGUGACACCGAGGGAUGGAAAUGAAGAUAAACAAGCGCUGUCUAAAGUUAGGAGGGCAGUGUUCAGGCAUAGGAAGAGGCAGGAUGGGGCAAAGAGGCUGGGCUUUGUGCGGGUGGCAAGUUUCCCGGGAAGAAGGCAAAUGGCCGCCCAUUGAGGCUGAGGCAAACAUUGAGGUGGACAAGUCAGCCUCAAGCAUUUGAGACCUAAACGGCUCCAUCCCCAGGAGGAGGAGGCCGCUGUGGGGCAAAGGUGGAAGGCUGUAUCGAGGCAAGAAGCUCACAGUGGGUUGUCAGGCGGAGGGAUAAAGAUGGCCGCCACCCGCGGUACGCCCUGCCCUCAAGAAAGAGAAGGGGCUUCUCCUACCUAGAGGGAGAAUGUGCCGGCCUAUGCACCAUUUUGGACCUUCUCCUGGCUCCUUGGGCGGGGCAACCAGAGGCAGGAUUUGGAGGGGAAGUUCAGCAGGGGUCCCUAGCCCCUCGAGGGGGAGCGGCUUUCCUGAAUGACAUUUCCAGCUCUUCUCUCCGAAAUGCUUUAACUGGAGGUGGCAAAGAGGGUGGAUCUUGGCCAAGGGGUGGGGAAACCUUUGUUACAUACAGCGACUCGAAGACAACUGUGAUUUCUCCCUCCUGUUUUACGUUUGUACAAAGUGAUUUGGAGUUUCCUUCUUC